AUGUUCAUCGGCGAUGCCGCCAAUCUCGCUUUUCUGAAAGUCAUCCGCCGUUUGGUGCGCGACCGCCUGGGGUCAUGUCCCUUCACCGACGACCCUCUGCGCCAUAUCAUGGUGGAGGCCACGCCUGAAGGACGUCCGAAAUGGAUUAUCACCAACCCAGCAGACAUCCCCGCCAAGCCCAGCAAUGAAGAGGCGAGAUACCUGCUGCGUUGGUAUUUGCGAGCAACCAACUGUAUUCUUGAUGUUUUUGACGAGGCGGAGCUACUGAGGGAUCUGGAAAAGUGGUUGCACGGGAAGCCCACAAGUCAGGACGAAGAGGUGAUGAACUGUAUCUUCUACCUUGCAUUCGGUAUCGGAGCGCAACGAUGUCCUGACGACCGAGACGCCGAUGCUGAGAAGUAUUUCAAUUAUGGGCGAUUUCUUGCAGUCUCGUACGCCAUGGAGAAUCCGACAAACAAUACUGUGCGUAGCUACAUCCUCAUCACCGUCUAUCUCCUUGGCGCAUCACGGCGCAACUCGGCUUUCAUGCACCUAGGCGUCGCUGUCCGGGCUGCUUACGCGCUGGGUAUUCACCGGAAAGAUAACCCAGCGCUUUUUUCGACGCAAGAGCAAGAUAUUCGGGAGCGGUUAUGGAAAGCUCUUCGGGUCCUUGACUUAUUCUUGAGCGCCUCUCUAGGUCGUCCGUUAGCCACCUCCGAGACUAGAGACACAGCCGGCAGCGAGGGUUAUUCGGCUUCAUUGGACCUCUGCGCCAUUUUCGAGUCCAUUCUCAACGAUGUCUACGCCAAGCGCAUGGUGUCGACCGACACUCUGGAAAGGAUCAGUGAGCAGCAUCGCCGCUGGGCCGCGAGGUUCAGCGAUGGUCUUGCUGCUGACGGGGUGAAACCGAGCAACUACUUCGACGCAGAAGACGGCGAGAAAUAUCCAAACAUUGGGCUCUAUCAUAUGAAAGAAGCUUACUACUGGAGCAUCAUGCUUCUAUCACGACCUUUCCUCAUCGACUUUGUUGCAAGGAACGCCGCGCGCUCUCAAACAUUAUCAAUGUGGAGUGAUGACAAACCGUUCCAGGCAUCGCCGUCGGAUCAACUCCUUGUGCACGCUUGCGUAGACUCGGCAAUCCGCACGAUCGACCUCCUGUCCAGUCUCAUACCGGAUAAGAAUGUUGCUAAACGGCAUCCCUUUCUGAUCAACUCCGUCUUUGUAUCGGCGUUGGUCCUUGGUUUAGCAGUCUUUGGGGACUUGGACAACACCUUUCCCUUGGAUCACGGCUUGGACGUUGCACAAGCGCUUCUACGCAAGUUCAGCAAACACGAUCCAGUUGCAAGCAGAGAACUUUCAAUCGUUGAGCAUCUUCAGAAUGCCUGCGUGUUGCACAGAGAGAGAAGAGUCCGGCGGAAGAUGGAAUUCCAAGGCAUGCUCAUUGGCGAACUGUUUGGAAGUGUGCACGAAGGAGCCCUAGCGGCAACGGGCACAUUCAGAGCGGAGUCGAGCGUGCUUCUUCGAGCAACUGGAAGCUUCGGAAACCAUAGGAACAGCGGCAAUUCGGAGGUGGGGGGCCUAAACAGUAUGGAUCAAAGUGUUCCAUUGACGACUGAGAGUACGGAUGGGCCGCAUUUGAUUGGCAGUGAAGUUGGUCGGGGAUCAACAAAUGUGACCCAGGCACUCACGCCCUCGACAGACAUCCUGCUCCCAAUGUCACCAAGGACAUUGCUCUUCGACUCUUAUGACCAGGAUAUGCCCUUCUUCCCUACUAUGGAUGCUAGCAUGGCGCAUCUAAGUUACACGGAUGAUAUGAUGCUGUCAGACACAGGUGCUUUACUGGAGCCUCCAUGCUAA